CGCCUUUCUGUUUCCAACCCAUCAUCUGCCCCCAAAUCAUUUCAUCGAUUUCUGAACCUCGUAGCACCCAUCUGCACUUCAGCAAACACAUACAGAAGAGAGUCAAGGAUGGCCAGGACUGUAGCAUUGUGGUUGACAGUGUUGACCUUGUUGGCCUCCACUUUUGCCAACCCUCUCCCAAAAAUAAAGGACCUCCACGCUACGUCGUUGGAUCUUUAUGCCAUCGACAAUGAGAAUGACUAUGGCCGUUUCGCUGUUCGUGUGGAACGGGUUGACCAAGUCGUGGAUGUAAAGGACGACCAGAAGGACGAGGAGGGAAAAUUGUUGGCCGCCAGGAUCCAUGAUGUUGUUGUUGUUUUUGAUGUCGGGCCAAAAGGAGAUGUCUUGGUGAAUCGCGUUCCUGUCCCCAUGGGCAUGUCUAACCUCAAGAUUGAAGCUGAUGUGGUUACCGGUGUGACGGCUGAGGGCGAAAAGUUUACAAAGCAAGAGCUUGCGUCUGCCUUUGACACUGGUCUUAUCGGCAUGAAGGUUCACGUAGCCGGAGAGACUACGUCUAACGGUCAAGUCGAGCUCACUCGCCUUGUCAUCACGGAGGAAAUCACCGAGGUUAACGGCAAAGAAGUUGUACAGAACAACGCUAUUCAGCAGGUCAUUGAGAUUCACCCUGACGGUAGCAUUGUGCGCCAGAAGCCUUGUGCUGCGUCUGGAAAAGCCCUUGAGGCGCUUAAGGCCGCCCAGCACCACCACGAAAAAUCCCGUGGCUGCCUUGGCAAGAAGAUUGCCCACUGGUUCCACAAGCUUCCGUAUGUCGCCAAGGUCGCCUUCAGCAUCCUCUUUGGUGCAUUUUUGGGCGCUACUGCGCUCCUCAUCAGUGACUUGGUUCUGCGCAUCUUUUCUAAGCCUCGCACCUACGUAGUGGUGGACGAACAGUCCCCUUUCAUUGCCGCAGUGACCUUUGAACCUGUUGAAGAUGACAAAUUGCCAAUCUACACGGCGGAAGGGUACACUGCUGUGGACACUAAAGAGGAGAAGAAGGAGGAUUCCCAGUAGAUUAGGCAUUGUGUGAUUCUAUUUUGUUGUACGGCGUAGGCAUUGGGAACCAAUACCGCCUUGAUAUUUGUCUGUAUUUGAUUGUGAGCAAGUUUUUUCAAAAUAUUGAUUCUAUCCAAUGCCUCA